AUGUCGCGCGCGGGGAAGAAGAUCGUCGAGGUCGACUCCGAGGGAGAACCCGUGGAGGAGGAGCGGGAGUGGGGAGAACAGCCGGCGCACGCGGCGAAACGGGCGGAGAGACGGGCGGAUGCCAUGCGCGUGCUCGACGUGGGGUCGAACGACGACGCGAGCGCGGUGAAGCAGGCGUAUCGAAAGCUGGCGAUGCGACAUCAUCCGGAUAAACAUCGGGAUGAUCCGGAGGCGGAGCGGAAGUUUAAGGAAAUCGUUCGGGCGUACGAUACGUUGACGCGAGAGUACGGACUGAUGGGCGACGGUCACGGGGGGGGAGCGUUUCAGGACAGGUUCGAGACCGCGGCUGACAUGCGAGACUUCGCGGCGAGCUUCUUCGAGAGCUUUUUCUUCGGUGGUGGUGGGAUGGGAGGUCAAGGCAUGUUCGGUCGUCGAGGCAGUCGAGACUACGACGACGCGAGCAGCCGCGACGACUACGACAGCGAGGACGACUCUCUAGCUAGCUUGGAAGAUUACGACGAUGAGGAUUACUCCGACGACGAAGAGUACACCGAUCUACACAAUUUCUUCGAGAGCGAAGCAUCCGGAUGGGCGCCGCGAGACAUGCCCGGGAAGUGGUUUGGACGACCUAGAGAUAGUCAGGGCACAACGAGCAAAGGUAGACCUUCCAUGACGGAUGAUCAGCUGUUUGAGCACUUGGAGCAGAUGCGAAAGGAAGCCGCGCGUUACGCCGCCGAGCUUGCAAAGCAGGAGAACGAGGCUCGUCGUGCGAACGAGCCUUUGGAGAAGCUCCAGAGACCGACCAUGGUCUCUCGCACUGACGAUUCCAUGACGCUCAAUCUGUCGCGCGCGAAGUCCACAACGCAGAACUUGCCUCAAGAUCGUUGCUGGGAGCUCAGCAUGAAGAAAGAAAAGGAUCAAAGUUAUACGGUGUACGAUACCGUGAAGGGAACGUGUGUUGUGACGGUGACCAAUCUGUUGCCCGGGACGAAGUACGCAUACAAGGCGCGAGUCGGUCGCGUCGACGAGUCCACUGGUGAGGUCACGGAGUGGGGUCCAUAUAGCGUAGAAAGUAUGUACGCCACUUCAGGCAAGGCACCCGUAGGAAAUAGCGGCAAACAGAGCGAAACUAAAGGCGAAGAGGUUGUCGUCGAAGCUGGUAUGGGUAAGAAGGCAAAGAAGCGCGCAGCUAAAGAGCAGGCUGAGAAGGAAGAGCGCGAGCGAGCGGCCGAGGCUGAGAAGCAAGGUACUGCGACGGUGGUCGAUGAGGCGGCGGCUCGACAGGCAGCCCUCCGAAAGGCUGCUGAAGAAGCUGCGGAACGUGAAAUGGCCGAGAUGGAGGAGAUCCGAAAGCGUGUCGAGGCUGUGAAGAAGCCGGAUGUGGUCAAAACAACGGCCUCAGCUGGCGAAGGCUUGUCAAAGAAGGCGGCGCAGCGCAAGAAGAAGAAGGAGCGCGCUAAGGCUGAGGAGGCAGCCAAAGCUGCGGGCGUUGAUGUUCAAUCGGUGCCUCACGAAACGGACGAAGAACUUGCAAGGCGCCUGCAAGCCGAAGAAGAACGCUCUGCGGCGGUGGAUGCUCGCUAUAAUCAAACGACGAAACCGCCCGUACCCACAGGCCCGCCGCCGUCAUGGGCGGCGGCACCGGCGAUGCGUAUGCCCGUUAGAAAGGUCGAGCAAGGCGCCACAGUGCAGGCAUCGUACGGUGCUCCUCAACCACCGCAUUCGGCGCCACCUCCGGGUCAGAGCAGGAUUCCCAUUCCGAGAGUGAACGACGAGCUGCAAGGGCCACCACCGCUUCCGCCGGGACCUCGUCCCACCUCGGCUUACGCCACAGCACAAGCACAGAUGCCACCACCGCAUCCCGCAGCUUCCACGUCGCCGCAAGCUGUCUCGGUUUGGGGCAGCGGCCAAAGUUUGGGAGUCACCGCGGCUAGCACGUGGGGCGAAACUAAAACGAUGCAACCGGCGAUGAUGGCGCCUCCAUCGCAAGCGGUACCUCAGCUACAGCCGCAAGGUCAACCGGCGUCGUGGAGUCCUGCGAAUAGCAACUGGCAACCGAUGGGUCAAGGAUCUGGUAUGGGCACUCUGCCCGUGGAUUACGGAUUUGCGUCAGAGUCGCAACGUUUGCCGCCCUCUACCGACUUGUUUCCGGCGGUCGAUCGGAACUGGGCGCCAUCCCCCGCUCCGGCUCCGGCUGCGGCUGCGACUCACUGGAGCGGUCAGGCUAGUUGGAACGACGGCGGCGGCGCGCAAGGCGUUCCCGGCGCAGACUGGGGUCUCGGCGAUCUGGGCGUCAACGCCGAUCUCAAUCCCGGCACGCCCAGCUGGAGCACCUUCGGCGGCACAUCCCCGGUCACCGGUCCGGGCAUGUGGUCCAACCCGCAGAAUCCCAACGGUCUCUCCGUCGACGUUGAGCGCAUGCGCCUCGGCGGGCAGCGCCAGCAGCAAACCGCUCCGCGCUCGCCCGCCACGCCCGACGGGGAUCCGAAUCUCAUCGAUUCUAGCCUUUUGAGCUUCCUCGGAUAG